AUGUCUCUGAGGAACUAUUUCCUAGUUGGUUUCGUGCUUUGCGGAGCUCUUGCCGCAGAAAUAUCAAAGAGCGAUAUUGAUGAAAAAUCGGGGAGGGACGGGGUAGGACGCGUCGUGGGUGGGAAAAAUGCAUCAGAUGGGGAUGUCCCAUACCAAGUAUCUCUACAGUUUACAAAUCAAAACAACUUCGCCUUCUGUGGUGGUGCCAUCAUUGCUGACAGAUGGAUCCUCACUGCAGCACAUUGCCUCCAAAAUGAAAAGGCAAAAGACUUGAGUGUUUUGGCGGGAACUAACAACAAAAAGUCUGGAGGUACCAGAUACAAAAUUGACAAAAUUGUAAAUCAUGAAAAAUAUACCCAUAGACCGAAUUUAAAUGAUAUUGCUUUGUUGAGAACCAAAGAGAAGAUUAAAUUUACAGAAAAAGUUAAACCUAUCGAAAUAGCCACGGAAAAGCCCAAACCAGGGGAUAUGUGUAAAUUAUCCGGAUGGGGAUACACCACCCAAGAUCAAAGAAACUUUCCCGACAUAUUGCAAGUGUUGGACGUAAAAGUUAUAUCGGAGAAAGAAUGUAAAAAUGAUUAUUUACGGCACUAUGAAAAGAGUUUCCCAGUUACUGAAAACCACAUCUGUACUUUUAACAAGCCGCAAGAAGGUACUUGCCAAGGUGAUUCCGGUGGAAGUUUGGCCUGCAACAACAAAUCUUCUGGUAUCGUCUCAUGGAACAUUCCGUGUGCUCGAGGACAACCUGAUGUCUACACGAGUACCAGCAACUACUCCGAAUGGAUUAAGAAGAACAUGGAGGCUAAUAAGCCCUAAUUAAGCCCCGACAAUUGAUGUUUUUCAAGAAUUUCAUAAACUUAUUAAAUAUAUGGGAGGCAA